GCCAAUUUGCUUACUCUACCACGUGACCUGCCACCACCCGACGUUUCGGUGCGGUCUUCCUGGUUGGAAAGAAGUGCACGCCGAAGUAUCUUCUAGAAGGAAAUAUAAAGAGGGUAAAGAAAAGGAAAACACAUUCACCAUGAGCUGGCAGAGCUACAUCGACCAAUCUUUGUUGGGAACCGGGCAGGUUGCGAAGGCCGCCAUCCACGGCAUGGACGGGAGCGCAUGGGCGACGAGCAAGGGCUUCAAGGUCACUUCAGAUCAAGUACUGAAAAUAGUCAAUGCCUUCAACACGGGCACCCUAGCCGAAUUCUACACAUCUGGCAUGUAUAUAGGUACAGAAACGACUGAAAGUGGAACAGAGCAGGAGAUCAAAUACAAGUUUAUAAAGCAGAAUGGUAAGGCAUUCUAUGUCAAAGAAGGCGACACGGGAGCAUGCAUCUUCAAGACAAACACGUGUUUGAUCAUCGCUGUGUAUGAAGAUGGCAUGCAGGCAGGCAACUGCAAUGAUGUAGUGGAAAAACUGGGGGAAUACCUCUUGGAGUGCAACUUCUAGGCAUCCACCUUCUGUGCUGCUGCUCUUUUCUGUUCCAGCCUCUAAACACUGACUAGGAUAUUUCUAUAUAUGACCAAAAAAAAAAGAAAAAAAAUGGAAGCCAUGAAUGUUAACCUGGUUAGCCUUGUUGCAGUCCCUCAAAGUGAUCUGUACUAGACACCCCUAGUCUGAACUAAACUAGUCUAAAACUGCUGCUGUAACAAGGUGAAAACAGUACCUGUGCAUUUUACAGGUGUAGGCAAACCCUAAUUAUCCAGGUUACUGAUAGAAUUUAUACAUAGAAAACAAUGGAUGAAAAUGGAUACCAACUGGUCCAGAUGAGUGGUAAAGAGAGAAUGGCAACUAGGGUUCAUAGUUGGGGUGUUUAGGACACGAUUCUUAGUCUAGGGAUGUAAAAUAGCCUUGAAGUUCAACUAGAAUUAAUUCCACUGCUUUCUAUCAUUCCUGUGGACAACAACCUUUUAGAAGUGAGUAGAGUAGAUGUGUUAGAUAUAGGGUGGUCCACUGUGCUGGGAGUAACAGGUGUAGAAACCAUGAAUCCAGAACCCUUAAUGCUACGUUUGUAUGUGUCUGUGAGAAAAAAAACUGGUGUCUUUGCAUAGAGAUACACCAUGUGUUUGCCUUUUUAACCUGCACUGUUAAACAAUGUUGUGUAUCAUAGAUUAUUUUAUUCAAACAUUGAAUAUUUUGUAUUAGCUUUACCCAUAGAGCAUACGGUUUGGGUAGUACCUAUACUGGUAGCGUUACUUCAUUCUGUGUUUUCCUUGCUUAUUGUUAUACGAUAAGCAUUUUGCUACUUUGUUGUUGGUAAAAUUCAUGUUACAGUAUUUUAUUUUUCUGUGUCAAGGUCCUUUGUUGAUGUAAUCGGUACAUUUUAUACUUUCCAAGUAUCAAAAAGUUAAUGAGAUAAGUUGUCACAGUGCACAAGGAUUGCUUGUCUUAAAUUUUUAUAUUCAAGGUAUCAUAUGCGCAUUUAUUGUAAGAUACCAGUUUUCUUAAGCAGUUGAAAACGGCUACAGUGUGCAUUUUAUGGACAGUAAGAGAAUGGUUUCCGUGUUUGAUAGUUACGCGAAUGAAACAGAAGAAAACAAACCUUCCCAUACAUGUGGCAUUGAUAUGACUUCCUCUUCAAGUUGUUGCAUUUCCUAUAUCUUCAUCUUUUUUCUCUAAGGCAACUCUUCGUAGAAGCAUUCCAGUCUUUCCUCUCUGUGUUCUUUAUAGUUAUCUUUAAAUGCAUUCCAGCACUAAUGUAGACUUACUGGAAUUAGUAAGACACAAUAAUGCAAGUUCCCACAUGAUAGAGAGUUAACUGUGAAGUCAUCGUUGUUGUACACAUAGAAGUGUUUGCAAGGCUUAUGAUGUAAGCCAAUUUGUAUGGUGCUUGUCCUUGUCCCUGUAACCCCUGUACAGUUGAAACUCAUCAAAUCACAAUGGCACAACAAUUCAAUCUCCGCAUUUCAGAAGAGAAAAAGAAUCCUUGUCCAUUUUUUAGUCUGUUUCGGAAGAAGGCAAAAUUGCAAAAUAUUCUUGGACCACUUUUUUCUUUGUUUUACUUACAAAAAUGACAAUUAGAUCUGAAGUUGCCAAAAGCUCUGUUGCAAUGAGAAGUAAAAUGACCAAUACAGUAGAAUUAUGAUGUGGCCGUUACAUUUCCUAAGUAGAGACUUUAAACUGAUAGUUGUAGAAAACUGCCCAAUGUUAGUAUUAUACCGAAACGUGCAGCAAUUUAGAAUGUUUCUCUUAUAUUUGUUGUGCCAUUUUAGCGCUAAACUCAUAUUGGAAAAAGUAACUUUCUUUCAGACCGCUCAGCAAAAUUACAUGGUAGCUCAAGAAAUGACCACUACAUGUACAUGUCUUAAAGUGAUCAUUACAAAAACUACAAUAACGUAAAGUAUAAAUCAUGUUUAAAAUCUUACUGAAAAACACACCCAGUAAACAGUUUAAACUGAAUCUUUCUUCAAUCGAAGAGUGAAAAGCUAAAUUCAACUUACUCUGCUAUUAAAUGUUGUUUUGUGCAAAACUUAAACAAAAGAGGUGACCUUUUCCAUUGCUAUAUUAAAUGUAUCAAUAAUUCAUAUCAGUUUAAUCCUAUGUUUUUUUAUAAUUUUACGAUUACAAACAAAAAUGCACAGUUUGUAGUGGAACAAUUCAUAACCAUCAUGUUGAUUUUGGUAUCACAUUUCUGGUUUGUCCUUCCAUGAUAAAAACAUUUAAUGAAACAUUAACAUUAAGCCAUGCUUCCAUGUCUCAGAAAGUUGGCCAAUGGGUCAGGCAAUCGGGCAGUGUUAUCUUACUCCAAAUUUUAAUGAAAAAUCUAACAACUGAGCAAGUGAUAUGUUGUGGCCGUAGUAGAUAAGCAAAGUUCGCUGAGAGGGUCAUGCUUUUCAUGAUGCCGAUUUUAAUCCAACAAUAUUUCUAUGGGUAGCUUGGUCUUGGCGUAGUUGUUAAAAGCAAGGCCCUGUGAUCUACAACAUGCUGUCAGAGAUUUUUAAAAAAUACAUGUAAAGAAAAAGUAGGGAUAAAUGAUAAGUUGUCUUUCUAGAAGUUAUGUUGGAAUCCUUUGUAAUCCAAUGGUAUAAAACUAUGAAUAUGAGUUAUAUAUUUACUGUUGAAUUCAUAGUCACUUAUUGUAACCCUAUGCAGCUUACCUUGUGUUAGACUUAAGUGGAAAAAUUAUGACAGCUGCUUAUCCAACUAUAUUUCUUGUUUGACUCAUAUUACAGUUUUUAGAGUAUCAAACCUAAUAUAAAAGUGUUGCACAAGCUUUUAUUAGUCCUCUUAUUGAGCAAUAUAUAUAUGUUUUACGAUAUAGUUUAUUAUUUUGUUUAAAUAUGUAUGAAGAGAAGUUGUAUUUCAGUUCCGUGCCAAAGUAGUUGAGAGAGAACUGCAUUAUAUGCAGAACCUGAAAACAUGUGAACUGGGCUAGACAUUGGUUAGUUCUGGGGACAGCCACUACUACACUGAUCCAGCAUGAUACAAGGGCACGGCUAUAUUUUCAUCAUGUUUAAGAAGUUUGUCUAAGAAUUUGACAUUCCCUAAACCAAUUGUGGAAGAAAAAGUUCUUGCAUCAUCCAUUUUAAAGCAAGCUUUUAAUGAGUGGCAUUGUCUGUUCUGUAGUUACCAUGGUCCGAAAGCUAGAAACAAAAAUUUUAGUUCUAAAACUGAAGCCUUCUGUGCCACUUCGAAUGCACUGUAAAAAUAGGACGUCAAAUUGGUCUUAAAUACCAACCCCAGAAUGUAGCCAGUCCGGCCCAGGUGGUUCGAUUAACCUGUCCUGUAGUUUUAAACCUAUUGAUAGCCUCACCUAUCCCUACAAUACUGUAGCUUCAAAGCCAGAUCUGUCACUGAGCCCACUGCAAGGAAAAACUGUAGGUCUGUUCUA